AUGACAGCAUCCAGUUCAGAAAUCAAGCCAUUAUCCACGCCUGUCGAGGAGGUAGCUCAGAAGCUCGAGAGCCCUCAGGACAUCGGGUUCGUCUUCGACAUCGACGGAGUGUUGCUCAAGGGUAAAAAGAGAAUCGCGGAAGCCACGGAGAUCAUCACAUAUCUCUCGAAAAAGAAGAUUCCGUUCAUCCUCUUGACGAACGGGGGAGGUAUGACAGAAAAAAAGAGAAUCGACUUCAUCAACAUGACGUUGCAGUUGACGGAGACCCCGAUCCACGAAGACCAGUUGAUCCAGGCACACACGCCUAUGAAGACGUUGAUCCCACACCACAAGCGGGUGCUCAUCUGUGGAGGACCAAAGGACGACGUGAGAGAGGUGGCCGAAGGCUACGGUUUCGAGGACGUGAUCAGACCGGUUGACUUGAUCAGGGCCAACCCUACCAUCUGGCCAUACCACAUGUUCACCGACGAGCAGAUCGAGGAGUGGGGUAGAGACCCGGCCAGCAGCAAGCUCGACGUCGACGGCACCGGCUGUGGCGAAAACUUGCCGAUCGACUCGGUCUUGUGCUUCAACGACUCCAGAGCCAUCGGGGCCGAGCUCCAGGUCAUUCUCGACUUGCUCAACUCCGAAGACGGGGUUUUGGGCACUAGACGUACUUACAAGAGUGGCAAGCCAAGCAUACCGAUUGUCUUCUCUAACAACGACUUCCUCUGGUCCAACGAGUACAAACAGCCUAGAUUUGCAAUGGGUGCGUUGAAGAUCGCCGUGCUCACCAUCUACGAGAAAAUCAACGGACAGAAGUUGGAGCAGCUGACCUUGGGCAAGCCUGAAAAGGUCUGUUACGACUACGCCCACCACAUCUUGAUCGACUGGAGAAAGGUCUUGUUGGGCGAGAAGCAACCGGGCAACCUUUGUCUCCCACAGCUGAACGACCCUCCUAUCAACACCCCAUUCAAGAAGGUGUAUAUGGUGGGUGACAACCCAGAGAGUGAUAUCACAGGUGGUAACAACUACAACUGGGGUACCAUUCUUGUCAGAACAGGUGUCUACCAGGAGGGCGACUUUGAGAGAAACCCAGAGACAUCCAGACCAAGUUUGGGCAUUUUCCCUAACGUCAAGGAAGGUGUCAUGGCCGCCUUGAAGUUGAAUGGUCUGGCUUAG